CCUAUCAAAAUUUAACGGUAUGUUCUUGUCUGAUCGGGAUUCGGACGCACAUCAGACGAGAACUUAUCGCAUUUGUGGAAAUAAAAAUUUUCCUUGUUAGUCCGAAAUACCCAGAAAUCGACCUCUUCAGGCCCGAACCGCUCCUGUGCGCAUGUCGAGCGACCUACACACAAAAAGCACUAAACAGGCCAGAAUCCGAAUCCGAACACGAGCGCACGACUCACCCAUAUACACUCGCUUACACACAUAUAGCCACUGACUACUGCACCACCGACCGCCGAGGAGUUGGCGCGGUUCUCGGUGGUUAGUUGAGCGUUUGGUGGCAUUGCGAGCGGACGGAGAGCGAUUCGGAAAAGCAGAAUAGCAUAAUAGGGCGGACAAGCUGAAAAGCGGAAAAGCUGGCCACUGCGACAAAGGUUAAGCAGCAGCGACAAACACAAAACGACAACAAAGGGAAAACGCAUCUAAGCUGGCGCAGAGAUCCGAAAAAAAAUACACUCAAAACCAGCCCAGACCAACGCACUUUGGGUUUCUUUGUUACGAUCUUUUUAACAUCGAGUCGGAGCGGAGCACGUCGGAGUCAAAAAAGUCUUCGAAUUAGUGCGCAAUAUUUAACGGAAUAACAAGAAACACAACGAACGCGAAACGUGCGCAAUAAUUUGUUUAAAAUCAAUGAAGACUGCAACUGCGCAAAACUGAAAAAUUGCAUCAUAGCCAUCACAGAACGGGGCAGGGAAAAGUCUAUGAGUGAGGAAAAGUGGAAAAUCAAUAGGGGGCAGAAUAAGUAAAGCCCGAAUAAAUAUAGGGGGAUCCAAAACCAAUCCCAUCUAAGUAAUCAUCAAAAGUGCAAGUUCGCUAUGCCUUCCCUUUUGGAGGCGCUGGAGCGCAAGUACUUCGCAGAAUGCGAGUUCGAGAAUGCCCACCAACCGGAACUCCACAAACGAAGCGACCUGCCCAAUGACUUUACGGUCACCAAGUGCGGCGGACGCAUGGAGUUCUCCAUCUUCAUACCGCGGCUAUCCCCGCUGACCAGUGUGCCAGCAUUGCUGGUCCUCAACGACUGUGACAUCGAUUCGGCCGGGGACUUCGACAGCAUCCGGGAGAAGUGCCAGCGGGUGAGGGAACUGGAUCUGGCCCAGAACAAGCUGAGCGACUGGUCGGAGGUCUUCAGCAUACUGGAGCACAUGCCGCGCAUCGAGUUCCUCAACCUGAGCAAGAACCAGCUGGCCAGUCCGAUCGGCACGUUGCCCACGGCUCCCACGAUAAAUCUGAAGAGCCUGGUGCUGAACGGCACCUACUUGGACUGGGCCUGCGUGGAUACCCUGCUGAAGAAUUUGCCCGUGCUCCAGGAACUGCAUCUCAGCCUGAACAACUACAGGCAGGUGCUGAUCGAUGCUGAGGAGGCGGAACAGCGGCUGCAGGAAACGGAAACGCCAGAGGAAACCGAGCGGCGAAUCACCAAAGCCCAUCCUGCUCUAAAGACCCUGCAUUUCACCGGUAAUCCCGUCGAGCACUGGCAGGAAAUCUGUCGGCUGGGCCGGCUGUUUCCCAACCUCGAGGCCCUCGUUCUGGCCGAUUGUCCCAUCAAAUCGCUGCAGGCCGAGGAGAGCAGCGAGACCCAUAGAUACUUCCCCAGCCUGAGGCUUUUGAACCUAAGUUCCGCGCAACUGGAUAGCUGGGCGGCCAUCGAUGAGCUGGCCAAGUUUAGCGAGCUACGCAACCUUCGUGUGAAACACUGGCCACUCUGGGAAAGUCUGGAGUGCACGGAGCACGAGAGAAGACAGCUCCUGAUAGCCAGGCUGCCCAAUGUGGAGAUGCUCAACGGAGGCGGCAAGAUCAGCAACGAUGAGCGCGUGGAUUCGGAGCGCGCUUUCGUUAGAUACUAUAUGGACAAGCCGGAGGAGGAACGGCCUGCGCGCUACCAAGAGCUCCUGCAGAUCCACGGCAAGCUGGAUCCCUUGGUGAAUGUGAGCCUGAAACCAGACAAGCGGGUCAAGGUCCUGUUCACCUACAACGAUGUGAGCGAGAGCCGUUUCGUGGACAUCUAUCUGACCGUCAACGAUUUGAAGGUGAAGCUGGAGAAGCUGGUGGGUCUGGCGCCCAACAAGAUGCGCCUCUACUAUCUGGAUCAGGACUACAAGGAGUUCGGGCCGGAGGAGAUGCGGUUCCCCAACAAGCAGUUGUACAGCUACAACAUCCAGUCGGGCGACGAGAUCAUCAUCGAUGCCAAGAAGUGAGGCGCGACGUAUGGGCUACAUGCUUCCGUAUCUGAAGAGGAUUAACAUUAACCCGAACCGCGCUUCGUCCCCCGCCUGGUGCUACAACUUGUGAUCUUGUACACGAAUCAUUUACAUAUACUUUACUCUACUGUUAGUGCCGUUCUGUUCUCCGCAGCGAACCCCUGUGUACAUACGUUCUGAAAAUGGCCAAGCGAGCAUUACUGCGCACCCACAUCGUAUAUUUUAAUUACUGCCUAACCUAAGCCACACACAAAAUACAAAUACAAACCACCACAAAAAAACAAAACAAAAAAAAAAAAAAAAAAA